AUGGCGUUUUCACCAAUUCCAAUCAUACAUGGCUCAAUGGGCUUUAUUAGAACUUCACAAGCUGUCGCUUUUGAUUUGUGGAUUAAUGCAAUCUUGUACAUUUUAGUCUUACUCGUUAUUUUUGGAUUUCAAGUUAAAGAUUUAACUUUACAAUUGAUCCAUUAUACAAAGAUUAUAAUCCUUAUCUUAGUUGAAAUAUUUUUAUUAAUUCCAUUUACAAUCAUUAGAAUUAUUUAUUAUAUAUAUAAUACAAUUAAUGGAUUAAGAACUGACGAUACGAGAUAUAAUAUUAAUGGAAUUAUUAGAACUGCAACUAUUCAUCAAUUAUUUUGGCAACAAGAAGAAGAACAUAAUUAUUUAGUAAUGACUUCUUUAUUCCAAAGGGGUCCAAAUAUAUUUUUAGAAGUUCAAGAGAAUAUUCCAUUAUUAAACAAUAUUGUUGAAAAUAGCUUGAUUGAAGAUUUCAAUCAACCACCACCUGUUUCAAAUGAUGAUACAUCAGUAGUUACUUUUGAAUCAACUCAUUCCAACUUUUUUAAAAAUAUAGCUUUUAAAAAACAUAAUCCAAGUAAAUCAUCAAUAGAUAAUGGAAAUAAUGCUUCAAUUUUAAAAUCAAAAAAUAAAUCAAAACCAACAAGUGCAACAAUUGUAAAUUAG